ACAGGACUCAAAGACUGCCCUUGGACAAAGAGAAUGAAAUACUCCUGAUUUACUCCUCUGGUGACUUACUUUACUUAGUGCUUUCCUUGCAAGUUGAAAAGACUGGGUUAUCUCUGCCCCCACUUGUUCCUGCAUCAGUCAAAAUUCCCUAUCUUUUCCUUAACUCCCUUCAAUUUCCUGGUCCCUCCAUUCCCUUGUUCCAGUAAUAUAGCGUUGCUUCAUCGAGCAAAACGUUCUGUCUUUGUGCUCACCACGUGGUGUAGGACAAUGGGGUGCCGUCAGAGUUCGGAGGAGAAGGAAGCGGCACGGCGCUCACGCCGAAUCGACCGCCACUUACGUUCAGAGAGUCAGCGGCAACGCCGUGAGAUCAAGCUUUUGCUGUUGGGAACCAGCAAUUCUGGCAAGAGCACCAUUGUCAAACAGAUGAAGAUCAUCCAUAGUGGAGGCUUCAAUUUAGAGGCUUGCAAGGAGUAUAAGCCCCUCAUCCUGUAUAAUGCCAUUGACUCUCUCACACGUAUCAUCCGUGCCCUCGCUACCCUCAAGAUUGACUUCCAUAAUGCUGAUCGUGCAUAUGAUGCUGUGCAGCUCUUUGCCCUCACAGGGCCUGCUGAGAGCAAGGGAGAGAUUACGCCAGAGCUGCUGGGUGUCAUGAAACGUCUUUGGGCUGACUCAGGGGUCCAGGAAUGCUUCCAACGAUCUAACGAGUAUCACCUUGAGGACAACACUGCCUACUACCUGAAUGACCUGGAUCGCAUCUCUGCAGCUGAGUACAUCCCCACUGUGGAGGACAUCCUACGCUCCCGUGACAUGACCACCGGCAUUGUGGAGAACAAGUUCACCUUCAAAGAACUCACCUUCAAGAUGGUAGAUGUCGGAGGACAGCGUUCAGAGAGAAAGAAGUGGAUCCACUGUUUUGAGGGCGUGACCGCAAUCAUUUUCUGUGUCGAGCUAAGUGGUUAUGACCUCAAACUGUAUGAAGACAACCAGACGAGCCGUAUGGCAGAAAGCUUGCGCCUGUUUGACUCCAUCUGCAACAACAACUGGUUCACCAACACAUCACUUAUCCUCUUCCUCAACAAGAAGGACCUGUUGGCUGAGAAGAUCAAGCGCAUCCCUCUUACGGUGUGCUUUGCAGAUUAUAAAGGUCAGAACACCUACGAAGAGGCAGCGGUAUAUGUGCAACGGCAGUUUGAGGACCUCAACCGAAACAAGGAGACCAAGGAGAUCUACUCGCACUUCACCUGUGCCACUGACACCAGCAACAUCCAGUUUGUGUUCGAUGCUGUCACGGACGUGAUCAUCCAGAACAAUCUCAAGUACAUUGGACUGUGCUAGGACCUGGUACAGGGUCGGUGGGUGGGAGAGCGGGCUGCUUAGCAGCGGCUGGCCCGCCAUCAGGCUGGGUCAACAAAAUACACGUCAGCCUGUCUGUCAGUUGAAGAGGUGCAACAAAGAACUGCAGAGGGAGUGAGGUAGUAGCUGGAGGUUAGCGGUGGACCAUACUGUAGAUUUGACUGUUUCACUUGAAACAACAAAGCUGGUGGUUAAAGGUCAAGAUGGGAUUUUUACCCAAUGUGUUUGCACUGAAUAUAUGAGUAUGUAGAGACACCCAAACACAUGCACACACAUCCUUAUGUUUGUUCACACACAAGGACUUUGACUCAACAGUUAAGCACUUGUUUGACAUGGAAACACUGGAAAUUUAAGACAGCUACCCCUUCUUGCCUGCCA